AUGGCAAAAGUAGCGUCCGAACAAAGCUUCCCCGCCCACAUGAACAGUCUCGGAAGCACGGCCACCACCAGCAGCAACACGAGUCGGCGCGAAGGCGGCGCGACCACAGACGACGGUGGCUCUGACCAGCCCGACGAACUGGACAACGAAGAUGACGACAAGUCGUCGACCAUGGUGCCGCGCGUCGGCCCACCCGUCGACUCGCCCGGGUCCCAAGUCCACCGGAACGACGGCCUUAGGAAACAGAGCUCGUACAAGAACGAGAACCCGUGGAAUCGACCACGGACCGGCAAGAAACUCUCGUUUGUCGACGAAAAGGACAGCGCUGUCCCGCUCCACGAGAUCACAUAUUCCAAGUUUACGCAUUACUCAAGGGCAGCGCAGGCGACGGUCGGCGCCGCGCCGCCCGCCCCGGGCUGCUGCACGAUCCAGUAA